AUAUUACGACUUUUUUCUCGUAAAUAUAUGACUUUAUUCUCGUAAUAUUACGACUUUAUUCUCGAAAUCAGAUUUUUUUUUUUUUUUCCCUCAAAGUGGCCCUAAUACUGCGUUGUAGCCUAUAGCAUAUAGGGGUGUAAGAAAAUGUUGAAAAAAAUCGAAUAUCGGGAUAUUUGAGAUACUAUAUUGAUUCUCAAAAACACUAUUGAUUUUUAAUAAUUAGUUUACAUGCAAAGAUUAACUCAGUCAAUCCUUAAUUUCCUUUGCAAAGAUAUGUGCCGUGUCAGUGUGUGUGCCCUCUGAAAGUAGUGCUAUGAUGUUGGAUGUUACAGGGACUGUGAUAAAUACAAAUACAGAUCCCAAUGUUGUGAUUGCAUAAACAAAGUACACUUUUUUUUACUCAGAUUUUAUGCAUAUGGUGGUGUGUUCUUUAUACCAUUACAGUUUUCCUAAAAUUAGAUUAAAAAAUUGCAAUAUAUUGAAUCGUCCCCCCUGUAUCACGAUACGUAUCUUAUCGCCAGAUUCUUGCUAAUACACAGCCCUAAUAGUCUAAAGGCCAAAGGAGUUCAAAUUAACUAUACAAUACUUCUGAGUACUUCAGUUUUGGAAGUAAAUUCAAUUUUACUCAUCACUCACACAUUUGUACUAAAGUACAAUAUGAACUUUACUUUACUUUACUUUACUUGUAGGCGGUGCAGUAGGCUAUUUGUCACACUGUGUAUUUCUACUUAUUGACUACUCAAACUGUCAUGGUUUAUAAAGACUUUGUAAUAACGUCAUAUCAAAUGCACGUGAUAAUGAAAUACGAAGGAAAAUCGAUUGUUUGUAGUUUUACAAGAGUAUCAAUCAUGACGUCAGUAAUUAUCUUAUCGUUCUACUGGACGCGCUUCUGUGUAUUUUGAGCCUCCCCGCGCACCGUCAGUAGCUAGCCACAACAGAAGAUGGCGUCAGCUGAGUCGCAGCCGCGGUUCGGCCAGUCUGUCAAGGGCUUAUUAUCCGAUAAAGUGGGCUCCUGCAGCGGGGACGUGAUAGCACUGACCCGCCAAGUGCUGAAGGGCUCCCGCAGUCAGGAGCUUCUCGGUCAAGCAGCAAGAAAUAUGGUCAUUCAGGAGGAUGCCAUCCUGCACUCUGAGGAUAGUCUGAGGAAAAUGUCCAUCAUCACCACACAUUUACAAUACCAGAGGCCAUCCAGAAGAACGUGGAGCACUCUAAAAACCUGCAGGACCAGUUGAAACACCUGCUGAAGUGACGGAGCAGAAGAGGACGCCCCCCCCACCCUAUCCUCAGGAGGAUACUGUGUUAACCGACGCUGCCUCAUCAGGAGGAUUUAAAUUAGGGAUAAGGUUAGGCUUACGGCUGUAGUUGGUGUUACCGGUGUUACAUGGUGGUCAGGCACACACCAAUUACAUUACAUACCCACUGCCCCCCACCGUCGUUUUGCUUUUUUUUUUACAGAAAUAAAACCCAUUUAGUUCAUCACAGACAAAACGAUGAGAAGCGAAAAGCAAAAAGCGCCUAUUUGGCAAUAUUUCAGAUUUAAACCCGAUGCUAUAAGGGAACCGUAACGAUAAUGAGGUCAUCGCCGUGAGCAGGACGGAGCGGUCAUAGCCGGUGUGUCCGGCAGAGCAGCGCCGGGUAGAAACCUGAGGCCCCGCAGCAACACUGGGUGUUGUCACAAGUUUAUUAAGCUUCAUCAAUAAUGUGACUCAAAAACGGUCCUCCAGAGUCCGACAUCAGAACUGCGCCCAUAGCAACGGUCUGUUAUAGAUAGCAACGGUCUGUUAUAAAGAAAUAACAGACCGUAGAAUGCCGUGAUUGACCAAUCAGAAUCAAGUAUUCAACAAAAGCCGUGUAAUAACGUUGGAUAUUCUGCCAUAUAUCUACUGUCUAACACACUGCUGGUCAGUGCAGCUGGGACUGGAAAUGAUGUGCUCCUCUGUAUCAAACACAAACACAGUGCCUGUGCUUAAGAAAUGCAAGGAUUUUUUAUUCUUGAGUUAUGUGAAAAUGUUUUGAUGAAUUGUAUUACAUUAAUUUAUUAAAUGCCUUGUCUGUGUUUACAUCACACUUUACAUUCCCCCUCCUUUCAAUGCCAUUAAAGGUCCCAUAUCAUGCUAA